GCGCCAGUCUUCUCGGAGGGGCGGGACUUGCGUCGGCGUCUCUUCUAACUGCAGCUUGUCGCAGCGCCAUCUUGGAUGUGCGGCUUCGCGGGCGUGAGUCGGUGGAGGGAGGGCAGCUGGCUCGGCUCUUUCGCCGUCUUUGGACUUUCCUAAUUUCAUUUCCGCAGAUUACAUACAUAUAUAUAUAUAUAUAUAUACGUACAUACAUACAUAUUAUAUAUAUAUAUAUAUAGAAAGAGGCCCAUCUGUACAAAGCCAUCUUGUAUCCCGCAUCCGAGGCGAACUCCGUAAGAUGAUGUUAAGGGGAAACCUGAAGCAAGUGCGCAUUGAGAAAAACCCGGCCCGCCUCCGCGCUCUCGAGUCCGCAGCCGGCGAGAGCGAACCCGCAGCCGCGGCGGCCAUGGCGCUCGCGCUGGCCGGGGAGCAGGCGCCCGCCGCCCCCGCGCCCUCGGAGGACCACCCGGACGAAGAGGUGGGCUUCACCAUCGACAUCAAGAGUUUCCUCAAGCCGGGCGAGAAGACGUACACGCAGCGCUGCCGCCUGUUCGUGGGAAACCUGCCCACUGACAUCACCGAGGAGGACUUCAAGAGGCUCUUCGAGCGCUACGGCGAGCCCAGCGAGGUCUUCAUCAACCGGGACCGUGGCUUCGGCUUCAUCCGCCUGGAAUCCAGAACACUGGCUGAAAUUGCAAAAGCAGAGUUGGAUGGCACCAUUUUGAAGAGCAGACCUCUCCGAAUUCGUUUUGCUACACAUGGAGCAGCUCUGACAGUCAAGAAUCUUUCCCCAGUUGUUUCCAAUGAGCUUCUAGAACAAGCAUUUUCCCAGUUUGGCCCAGUAGAAAAAGCUGUUGUUGUUGUAGAUGAUCGUGGUAGAGCUACAGGAAAAGGAUUUGUAGAAUUUGCAGCAAAACCUCCUGCACGAAAGGCUCUGGAAAGAUGUGGCGAUGGGGCAUUCUUGCUCACCACAACCCCUCGUCCAGUCAUCGUGGAGCCCAUGGAGCAGUUUGAUGAUGAAGAUGGUUUGCCAGAGAAGCUAAUGCAGAAAACUCAACAGUAUCAUAACCACGUUUUGCUCAACCUGGGACAUUUGAAUUUGAGUAUGCAUCUCGAUGGAAAGCUCUUGAUGAAAUGGAAAAGCAGCAACGUGAGCAGGUUGAUAGAAACAUCAGAGAAGCUAAAGAGAAACUGGAAGCAGAAAUGGAAGCAGCCCGACAUGAACACCAAUUAAUGCUGAUGAGGCAAGAUUUAAUGAGGCGUCAAGAAGAACUCAGACGCUUAGAAGAACUGAGAAACCAAGAGCUACAAAAACGGAAACAAAUACAGCUGAGGCAUGAAGAGGAGCAUCGUCGUCGAGAAGAAGAAAUGAUGCGGCACAGAGAACAGGAAGAACUAAGGCGUCAGCAAGAGGGCUUUAAACCAAACUAUAUGGAAAAUAGAGAACAGGAAAUGAGAAUGGGUGAUAUGGGUCCCCGUGGAGCAAUAAACAUGGGAGAUGCGUUUAGCCCAGCACCUACUGGUAACCAAGGUCCUCCUCCAAUGAUGGGUAUGAAUAUGAACAACAGAGGAACUAUACCUGGCCCACCAAUGGGUCCUGGUCCUGCCAUGGGACCAGAAGGAGCUGCAAAUAUGGGAACUCCAAUGAUGCCAGAUAAUGGAGCAGUGCACAAUGAUAGAUUUCCUCAAGGACCACCAUCUCAGAUGGGCUCACCCAUGGGGAGCAGAACAGGUUCCGAAACCCCUCAAGCACCUAUGAGUGGUGUAGGACCUGUGAGUGGUGGUCCUGGUGGAUUUGGUAGAGGAAGUCAAGGGGGCAACUUUGAAGGCCCCAAUAAGCGUCGUAGAUAUUAAACAUUCUUUCAUUCCUGGCUGUUUAGAACAAAAAAAAUUCAGUGUAUGCCUUUACACUUUUACCUGUUAUCUGAAGAAAUGGUUUUACUGUUAAUGUAUGUAGACUGAAAUAUUUUUCUUUUGUAAAACAUGAGGUUUUUGUAUUUUUCUUUAUUCAUAAGCUUUGUAGAUUAGUGUAGUAAUGAUGCUCAUCAUUGUGGAUGUUAAAAAUGUGUUUGUGACGUUAGCUGAAUUUAAGUAUGCCACAGUACUGUGAAAUCUAUGUAGUUACUUAAUCUCAAUAAAGAAAUCAUUUUGGAUAAUUUUAAAA